CUCUUCCACUUUUGUUCUGUGGGCAUGUGGCUGGUUAGAGUCUGCCCAGUCAUGCAGUAGCACUGUGCCCUCUGGAUUGCUGUGUUUUUUCCUUUCUUCUCCCUUCUGCAUGCACAGAGAGGGCCUGUUUCAGUGUUCAGGGGUGGGGUUCAGAGUGAAUUCCAGGCCCCAGAGAUCUGUGCUAAAUCAGGCUUUUUGUGGCAGCUGUUGAAAAGAUACAUCCCUUUGAAUGGCGUUGUUGAUGUAAGUAAUUAACAUAUUGCCAUCAGUUAGAUCUUGCUAGGUCAGUGUGUAGUCCUUACUAUUAUCAGAAAUGUGCACAUUCAGAAUUCUGACUAAAUAUGGAUGUGCAGCAGAUGUGGUCAGGGCAGGACACUGAUCAUUCAGCACUUCCCAUCACCACAGCAAUGGAAUUGAAAAAGACCACGCAGGAGACACUGUCAGUGUAACUGCACCCGCUGAACCAAACCUCCCCCCUGGCACACGUACCCUCUGAUGGCCAGAGGAAUGUGCAGCCAAACAGACCUGGCAAGGACCCACGGAGUCCAAAGCAUCUCACGCAGCAGCUAAUCCUGUGCUGACAGGUGCUUGUGUGGCACGUCCCAGGCACACAGGCUGUACAGACCAAUGGGCAGCCCUCCCCAUUGCGGUCUGUCCACUCCAGCAGCCACUGAGAAGAGCUUCCUCCUUCCUCUGUGCAGCAAGUUUUUAAGAAGCUUUCCUCAGCCCAGAAUAAACCAGCUUUCUCCAAAUUCUCUCCAUAGGUCUUGCUUUUUUGCUGUCUGGUUGCCCUUUUCUCUGCAUUUGGGCAGCUGACGUUCCUGCCUAAAAACAGCACUCAGCGCUUGUCCCUCAUGGACCGUGUCCUAAAACAGAUUAUUCAGAUCAGUGUUUAUCAGGAGAGUGGCCCCCAGUUCUGGUGCCAUGACUGAAAUGCACGUCUUGCCUGCAGACACAGCAGGAACAGGGGCAGUGCUCCGACAGCUGGAUGUGGGCCAGAUGUGGUCUAGUGGCAAUUAUUUUUCCAGUUACGCAGGGACUUUUUGGGACAGUAAGUUUCUGGCACACUGUCUUUGCACUCAGGGACUUUCUGAUCUCUUCUUCCACAACUCUGAGACAAAGGCACAGAGGAAAACACCAGCGUGGAGCCUGACAGUGCACCGUGUUCUCCACUUAUUGCAUGAGCUGCUCAGUGUUCCUCAUGCAGAGCACUUGCAGUGUGUGUCCUAAGAAAGGAGCGUAUUUGCAAAUAUCCACAAAUGAUCCUGCAGACAGGUGCUGAGGUUGCUUUUUGUUGUCUGACUCCUCCCCUCUGCCUUGAUGUGCUGCCCUUUAUCAUUGUGCCCUUCAAGUACGCCAUCUCCCUGCCUAUUUUCAAGAUGUGUGAUAGUAUUUAUAUCUGAGCCACACAAGCCUGGCCCAUUUGUCAGUGAAGGACUUUGCAUGGCACUCCACAGAGCAUGUCAGUGAGGGCUGAGUAAGGCACUGGCUUCAUUUCACCCUGCUCAAGGGUGGCCCAACAGGGAUUAGAACUGGUGUGAAUGAAGACUUGCCCUCCUGGGACACUGCUGGCUGGUGCAAAUCACAGAAGGGCAUUCAACUAGCAGGCAAAGCCUAUGCAAAUGUGUCUGAAUACUAACAGAUCUGUCUGGCAUUGUCUUUCUUCAAAUCCACUAGACAAUUUGCAGAUACAUCUAUUUGUUCUUUUCCUUUAAGAAUUUUUCUCAGUGAUUUUAUUGUGAAUUUAAAUAUGGCUUUCUUCAUGACAGGAGCCCUGGGACAGUGUUCCUCUGGUUUCUGUUACCAGAGCCCAUAGGUUGGACAAGUUUCCCCGAAGCCCUUGCCCCACGCUUUGAUAGCUCAGACAUCAUCUGUCCUUCUGAAUGGUUGAGACCUCAGAGGUCUCCUGAAAGCAUUUUGCACAGACUUGGUCGCUUUCCAGUUAUCUUAUCUGCUUUCUACUGACAGCUUUAUACCUCUCUGCUCAAACUGUCUAGACAACACCAGCUUUCAGCUGAACUGCAUCAAGAGUAAAAAUUUGAUUGUCCCAGAGGCCGUAGAAAUCACCUCGUUUUUGACAGACAGAUUUCCCUUGGUAUAUUUUCAUGCACUUUUGUAUUUUGUACCAUUUCUUCUCUCCUGUGUAAUUUUUGUUGUGCAUUUUGGUUUGGAAGCUGGUUAGCUAGAACGUACUGAGCAAGCCUUUUAUAAAUAUAAACACUGGCAAAAUGAGAUGAAGUGAAACAGAAGAAAACAACAUGGGAAAAACUUUACUUUCCAUAUAUACAGAUGCAAACUGAUUAGGAUAAGAGGUUUCCUACUUGAAAGGAAAAGCGAUAUUUCAUCUCAUAAUUCUUGAUUACUUCUGGCUCUUACCAUGGGCUUUUCAGUGAUAUUAGGAGGAAGUCCCUCCAUUUCCAUUACAGUCAAUGCUGAUGUGAAGUGGUGGGGCACAAUCUUAUGCUGGGAAAUCCUUCACUUUUGUCAGGUUCAUGUGUUCUCUUUUCUUCAACAGCCCUCUGUGGGCUGCUGGCCCACCUGUCCUCCUUGGCUGCUCCUGGUCUUUGUCUCUCUGUCAUGUUACAUAAAACUUCUAAUAAUACUGUGAAGUAAUCUUUGCAUAUGAUCUCAUCAAGCUCUUGCUGCUGGGAAUUAAGUGCUAUAACAAUGGCAUGAUCUCAGCUGCAGGAGGCUGACUGCUCCUCCCUCUGGCUGCCUUGUGCUCCCCUAGAAGCAGCCAUGGGGCUGAGGACUACCUCCCUCUAAAGAGGCAGUGGAAAGACUUGCAGAGGUCUUUGUCUUGCAGGCCUUUGGCUUUUUGCAGCUGCACUUCACACACAAGGCUUGUUCAAGGAUGCUCUGUCUUCAGGAGUGAAGGCAGUUAAUGCAAUCCAGGUCCCUCUGUGUCAGACAGUGCCUCAGAUGCCAGGUUUUCUCAUUUCCUUAACUAAUCUGAACUUUUUAUUUUUUAUUAUUUUUUAAAAACUUCACAAGGUCAUUCCUGUUCCAAUUGUUGUUUAACAUAAAAAACGACAUCUAUAUAUUGCACCAUCUUCCUGCGCUCUGGCUCUGAUGGAAGUGAGGAAGGAAUUAACCAGAUGUGGAUAAAAACAAGAGCAAGGCAGCUGGGUUUUCUAUAGCUUCAGCCUGCAGAUGUGAAGAGCUUCCACCUCCAUUGCAAAAGAUCUGCCACCCUGGAAGAAUAUCCAGAGGCCUCCAUCCUUCUGGUGCUGCAGAAGAUUUGCAGUGAUGGUGUUUGUCAUUGAAGAUCACGACCUUCCACUCUUGCCAGAGCUGUUGGUAGUAAUGAAAUUGCAUCAGCCAGCCAGGUGGUGAAUUUGGCUGAAGCCUUCAGCAUGGGUGCCAGCAGUGUAUUCCUGCAUAACUGUGUCAUUCUGUGUUGGUCAGGAAGGACAUGCAUCUUCAAAGGACAGCAGCUGAGUUCAGCAAAAAAUCAUCUCUGUACAUUACCUCAAAGCUGGUUGUGCAACUCAGGCUCUCAAGAAUGAGUGAAUAAAUAAACGAAUCUCUGACAAAUUAACUAAUACAACAAACAGUCAAACUUUCCAGUAUGGCACAGUUUCAUUUAUGUUUUAUUUAUUUUUUUUUUUCUAGAGCAGAUAUUACUGCCUUGGCCUUCUUCACAAAACAGCUUCAGAUCUAAGGAACAUUUAAACAUACACAGUAUGGCUUGCCAGUGAAUAUUUAAAUUGUUAGGGAGGCAAUACUUUAGGUAAGAGGCAGUUUGGUCUCUUAUUUCACCUGGCAUCGCACAGAAGUUGCUGCAGAUAGGCAGAUAAAAAAGGGGAGAGAAAGGCAGAGAAAAGAAGGUAAUUGGGUGGCUGGUUCUGUGAGACUGAAAACGUAGGCAAAUAUUUAGCUUAGAAAAGAUUAAGAUUUGCAGCUCACCUCUUGUUUUGAACAGAUGGCAUGUUUGUAUAAAAUUUAUGAACAACAGGUGAGAUUUUCAGGAUGUAUCAGAAAUGCUAAGAUAACUCCCAGACACGCUGUUUGUUAUUAGAAGACAGCAGUAAACGUCUGGGAAACGAUGGGAAGAAACUCCUCACAGUCUGUGAUGUGUGUUGUGUCUUGAGCAUAACCCUGCUUCGUUAAAAAUGUAGCUUUGUGGGUUUCCUAAAGGAAGCUAUUACAUUUUAUGCAGUUUCCUUUAUGGUUUAUGAGCCAGACAGACUGGCUUAAGGAAGCACAGCCCCACUAAUGGUUUUCUGUCAGCCUGAAUAACCCCUGCACACCACCGCUAGGUGCAGCAGCUGUUAUCAAGCCAUUGACCGCUGUAUUUCACUGUUUUUUGCAAAAUAAUGUAGAGAGAAUUGCCUUGCUGUAAAGGAUCUCUACUGCUUUAAGGAAUGGCUCUCAAUGGAGGAAAACUCUCAGCGUGGGAUUUACAAGCCGGGGCUGAUGCUGCUCGCUCUUCCCGAGUGCAACAGGCUGCCCAGCCUGCACCAGGACCCCAGUGCCUGCACCCAUAUCCCUUUCUUUGCAUCGUUAUCACUAGGAACAAGAAAACCAAAUGAAGAGACACCAAAUCUUCCUCCUCCAUCUUAUUCCUCCACAUACUCCAUGAAUGUCAUCAUCUCAAUCAUCUCCAGCUUUGCUCUAAUCGUGAUUCUUGGCAUUAUCACCGUUGUUUGCUGCCGUCACCGAAAGCAGUGGAAAAACAAGAAAAGAGAGUCAGAAACUCCGACACUCACCACUCUGCCCUCUGAACUCCUCCUGGACCGGCUGCACCCUAAUCCCAUGUACCAGCGGAUGCCUCUUCUCCUUAAUCCCAAACUACUCAGCUUGGAGUAUCCCAGGAACAAUAUCGAAUAUGUGAGAGAUAUUGGGGAAGGAGCAUUUGGGAGAGUUUUCCAAGCAAGGGCCCCAGGACUGCUGCCAUACGAAUCUUUCACAAUGGUGGCAGUGAAAAUGCUGAAAGAGGAAGCAUCUGCGGACAUGCAGGCCGACUUCCAGAGGGAGGCAGCCCUCAUGGCUGAAUUUGACAAUCCAAACAUCGUCAAGCUCUUAGGUGUGUGUGCUGUUGGGAAACCCAUGUGCCUGCUGUUUGAGUACAUGGCCUAUGGUGAUCUCAAUGAGUACCUGCGCGACCGCUCGCCCCGCAACCUCUGCAGCCUGGUGCAGGGUGGCCUGGAGGCACGGGCCUGCCUCCCCAAUCCACUGGCACUAUGCUGCACCAGCCAGCUUUGCAUUGCCAAGCAGGUGGCUGCAGGAAUGGCCUACCUCUCUGAGCGCAAGUUUGUUCAUCGGGACUUGGCCACCAGGAACUGCCUGGUGGGGGAGAACAUGGUGGUCAAAAUCGCUGACUUCGGCCUCUCAAGGAACAUGUAUUCAGCUGAUUACUACAAAGCCAAUGAGAAUGAUGCCAUUCCCAUCCGCUGGAUGCCCCCUGAAUCCAUUUUUUACAACCGCUACACCACAGAAUCUGAUGUGUGGGCCUAUGGAGUGGUGCUGUGGGAGAUCUUCUCCUACGGCAUGCAGCCCUACUAUGGGAUGGCUCAUGAAGAGGUCAUUUACUAUGUGAGGGAUGGGAACAUCCUGUCCUGCCCGGACAAUUGUCCUCUGGAGCUCUACAACCUGAUGCGUCUCUGCUGGAGCAAGCUGCCAGCUGACCGGCCAAGCUUUGCCAGUAUCCACCGCAUCCUGGAGCGCAUGUAUGAGAGGGCUGUGGCCUCCCCACAGGUCUGAGGGGUGCGGUGAGGAGGCUCUCAUGUCUACCUGCCUGCAGACUCCUGAGCUCAAAGCUCUGAUUUAGUGGGAGGAGAAACACCUUGUUCCUCUACCAAGCAAGGGGUGUGGACUGCACCCUCACCCCUCCUUGAGGUGGACUGUACCUCCCAAAUUAUGGGGAUAGCUCCCAGCCACCAAGCUGGUGCUCCUUGGGUUGGUUGGCGAGCUGGCUGUGUUAGCUCAGGACCUGCUUUAGACAUUUCCAGGAGCACAGAGUUCCCCAGGCAAAGCAGACCAACCUCCUCCUGGGGUAACUUCCCUUCCCAGCAGUUUUAUCCCUGUUCUUCUGCAUUUAUGCACUUGGCUUUUAACUUUCUGUUCCCUUCCUUAUAUGUUUUCAACUACUACCUGUAAGAAAAAAAAAAAAAAAAAAAAGAGAGAGAGAGAGAAAAAAAGAUUGCAGAAAUCAAUCCUGUUUUGGAUUUUGCUUACCAUUUUAUUUUUGCAUGCUCACUUCUUUCUAGAGAGGAAAGAUAUUGCUGAGGGCAUAGUCCAUUGAUUUUUUAACUCCCUUUUUCUGUUUGUUGCUCAUGGACACAACACAAAGUCAAAUCAGGAGCCCGCAGGACCACCGGCUGUAGCCAGUAUGUCAUGUUAAACAAAAUCCUGUCCUAAGAUUUAUCUUCAAAAGAGAGAAUUCCACACUGAGGGUCAUUUGAUUUUUGCUCAGAUCUCACCAAAAGUCCUGUAUAUAGUAGCCAGUCUUCUCACCCUGUUCUACAACAAAGCCAUUGGUUGUUAAUGAACAAAUUCAUCCUAAAGGCUCAAUCCUGCACCCAUCUGGUCUCUUUAUUUCCCUAUGCCUGCAGUACAGUGCCUGCCAUGUGGAGAUCAGGGAGAAGCAUAGAUUCGUAGACUCACAGAAUCACCAAAGUCAGAGAAGACCUCCAGUGUCAUCCAGUCCAACUCCUGACCUACCACCAAUAUUUCCCAAUUAAACCAUAGUCCUUAGCACAACAUCUAAGUGUGACUUUAACAAAUCUAGGGACAGUGACUCAAUUGCUUCCCUGGGCAGCCUAUACCAGCACCAGACUCUCCUACAAUAUACAGAGGGAUAAUCACUUCCUCACUCCUGUUCUCAUCACUA